AUUCGAACGUUUUCUAUUUUGCUCCAAAAAUCUUUUGUUUGCUUAUAUUUUUUAAUAUUUUUAGUUAAUUACCACCACUGAACUUAGUUUAAUUUGAAGAUUUGAGUGUCAUCUUCUCACUAACGAUGAGUUUGUCGAGUGAAGUUUUGCAAGAGGCGAAUAAGGCCAUCAUAAAUGAUCCGAAAAAGUGCCGCGAUGAACUCGUUCCUAAAUUAAAAGAUCUCACAGAGAGAAUUCAAAUGUUGUCGUGGUCCCUACAUCAGAACUUCAUCGACACUUACUUCAACUUUACACCGACAAAGAGUUUAGAGCAGUUAAACUACAAAAAUCGUAAAGCGAACAUAAUUUCAGACUACGCGAAAUUUCAGGAAGACGUGCAGCUUAAACACGAAAAAUCUGAGAAGAAGGAAGCAAUCGAAGAAUUCGACAGCAACUGUAAGAAAUUAGCGAAGUCUAUGGAAAGUUUUCACGAUUUAUGCGCUGUCGUCGAAGGUAAGGCCGUACUGGAUAAGGCGAACCAUGAAUUUGGUAGGUACAACUACACCGAAGCGAUGGUGAGCGUUAGAGAGUUACAAAACAAAUUACGGAGACUAACAUUCGAGGGAAACGGCGUUAAGGCGCUAGCUAAUCUUAAUUGUCAAGCUGAGACCCAGCUGGCUCUUUAUACUGCUCAGUUGAGCAUAGAAAUGGAAGAUAUAUUCACUUGGUCCCAAAAGAAAGGCGGUAAUUUUAUGAGUUACUCUCUAUCAGUCCAGCAGAGUGACCCCGGCCUCGUACAGAAGAUACUGAAGUCCCUGUACGUCACGGAGCGCAUGCACGCCGAGCUCGCCAUGUUCUCACACUUCUUUAUCGAGCAACUCCUGCAUGACGUCAUCAGACACCAUUGCGAGAUAUUCACAGAAGAUCACAUCGGAGCAUUAGUUUUUAACAUCAAAAUAAAUUUAAACGAGGACAAGAAACCAAAUUUCCAAACAAUAUUCAACAAUUUGACAGCAAUUUUCGAAUUCCUACAAUCUACAUUAGGAUCACAAUUUGAGGCAGACAAAACAUUCAUACAAGUAUUUGCAGAAAGUGUCUGUGAUAAAUUCUUUAACAAAAUAAUCGAGGACUGCAUUAGAGGCAACUUGCCGUCCUGCGAUAGCAGUUACCAGAAUUACAAAAACAUUGUUGUGGAGUUGGAUUCCUUUAACAAAUUCUUGAUCGAGUUAAAGUUUGUGGAAGCGGCCAACUCUCCACUGAACAAGUACAUCGAUGACACGGAAUGUGUGUUAUACAACAAGAAAUGUGAUAAAUUACUGUCCGAUGUACGCAAUCUAUUAAACCAGAGUCUGUCCUAUGGAACUAUAGUUGUGGGCACUGAUUUUGAUGUACAAAUGGAGUCUCUAUGGGACCUCACCCCGAGGGAAGUUGUCUAUGACCUGAACAACCCCCUGUUUAUGCCCAAGUGUGUGGUGUCUCAGAAUGUGAAGCGUAUAAUGAGCCUGGUGGUUGAACACCUGGAGGAGAGUGAGAAGCUGCCGCAGCGCUACGCUGACCGGCUGGUCAUGUACAUCAAGGAUAUAGCAGUCAUGUACCAAUGCAUUGUGCCUAAGAAGUUUAAAACCAACUUGGAAUGCUGCCCGCUGGAUAUUGCGCUGUUCUUCAACAACUGCAUGUACCUGGCGCACGGGCUGCUCGGGCCGCCGUGGCGCAACGCGCUGCGCGCCGCGCUCGCCGAGCGCCUCAACGCCGCGCUGCUGGAGUGCGUGCAGGACCUGCGCGUGCUGGCGCUGGAGAAGAUGUCGCUGUACCUGCACAAGCAGAAGACUGCCAUUGUGCACAACAUUGAAGCUAAUGAGCUGCCGUGGAGCCACGAGUCGUACGAGACGCUGGACCGCGGCGUCAACCACGCCACCGGCGCGCUGCGCGAGCUGCGCGCGGCGUGGCAGCACGUGCUCCCGCGCCGCAUGUACGAGCUGUGCGCGUGCGCGCUGCUGCAGGCGCUGUGCGGCGCGCUGCUGGCGCGCGUGUUCGCCGACGCGCGCCCCGUGCGCGAGGAGCUGGUGUACAUGCUCGCCGGCAGGUUCGACGACACCAUCGCGGAGAUCGACGCGCUGUUCGAGGAACCAAUUCAGCUGGAAACCAAAGUGGAGGUGUGGAGCAAGUUCUGCCUCAUGCCGGAGCUGCUGCGCGCGCAGCUGCUGGAGCUGGCGGAGCGCUGGCGACGCGACCAGCGCCUGGCGUCCACCUACACCUGCGAGGAGAUCCGCCUCAUCGUGCGCAUGAGGUUCCCCGACGACCACUACCGCUUCAGGAUACUGAAGGACAUACAGUGAUUGUUUAUAUAUUACGAUAUACAGUGUAUUUAU